AACCAAAGCCACUGCAUGCGUGAAUUCUGGAAAACAGGCAGCUGCCCCUCUUCUUCGCUCCUUCCUCGUUCGCUUUGAGAGGUCAUGUGUUACAUGCAGCAGUAGUUGAAAUAUCGAGUUCGCGUUCUCCACAAGCUGACUGUCCCGCGCUCCUUCCUGUUUCUCAUCCAUGGAGUCGCCGCCAGCUUCUCUUGUAGAACUAGGCACCGGUGAGGCAUCGGUCGCGCUCCCCUUGACUUCGACUGAAAUCCCAUUCAAUUCCGUCGCUCCACGCCGCGAGCUGUUUGUUCGGCGGCAGGUAUGGAGCGACAGUGCUAAAGUCUUGGUUAUCGUCGAGAGGAGUAUUCUCUCUGAGGGCACCAUUACCGAAACCAGGCGUUACUUGGACCUAUCUCAAGACUUUGUGCUCCCAAUUUACGCCAUCCCAAGGAGGAACCGGACCGAGUGGAACGUCGAAGUAGGAUAUGGGAGAGGCACGGAUCGAGUUGACUAUCCAUUUCGAACAAGAGAAAGCGCAUUCAGGUUUCAGCAACUCGUGACCGACUACCAGCCAGUACAAGUGUUCGAGAACGUAACCUGUGUUGUUACGUACUACAGGAGAUUGAGAAUUCCCCUCCCACAAUAUGUGGGAACCGGACAUAUACAGUUCUGGGUGGAGGCCAGACAUGACUCGAACCUUCCUGCCGUCAGUCCGUCGCCAGAAUCGUCGGUGUCGAGUCAGUCAAGCCAGACUACCCCCAGAGCAACUAGCACCGCCUCGAUACACAGCCUCAGGCCCAGCCUAGUGCAGACCUACUCAAACAGAACCGUUUUGGUGGUUCGCGACCCUCGACCUCCGCUGUUGGUUGCCUUUUUGAAGGAUAGAGGAGGUGAAAAUGAGUAUACAAUGUUGAAGAUGAAGAGCAUUCUCUCCGGCACUAGUAACAGACCUUCAAGCAACCGAAGCUACAAGCCCAAGAGAAGAAGCUCUCCUCCGAAUCACCUCCAGCUUGUCGGAGCGCUUUCAGGUUAACAUGCACCUCCAGAGGCCAGGCCCGGUGAGCCUGGGCGCGUGGGACUUGUGCGAGCGAGGACGUCCAGGUAGAGACGAAAGUCGAAUAAGAGAGCUCAGGUGCAGCCACUUGGCCUUG